CACUCUUUCUCUCAACGUUAUAGCAACCACAUGGAGAAUAAACAUAUCCGACUACUAAUCUUCUUCUCCUUCUUUUCACUCAUAUCCAUCUCCGCUGCCAAUGGCCAUUGCCAGCCGGCCUCCUGCGGCCGCAUCCAAAUACAAUCCCCCUUUCGUAUCAUCGACCGACAACCAUCCAGCUGCGGGUCUCCAGGUUUCGACCUCUAUUGCAACAAACAAAACCAAACACUCAUCCGACUUCCAUCUUCACGUUCAUACACCGUCAACCAAAUCAACUACAACUCACAUAUCAUCUACAUAGACCAGGAUUUCUGCAAGCGAAACGAAAUCAAUGAUUUAAAUGUAACCGGAACACCAUUUGUUUUUCCUAACCUACAAACAUACACAUUUUACAACUGCUCAAGACAGAACUCCAGUUUGGUGUAUCCCUCGGUGCCAUUUCCUUGUCUUAGCAGCCGAAAUCACUCGGUUAUCGCGGUUCGACCAGAAUUUUUUUCACAUAGAAGAAUGCCGACACGUUGUAAGGUUAUAAAAAUGAUCUCGGUGUCAGUUCCGAUUAAUGGAGACAUAAGAUCUGACGUGGAGCUGAUGUGGUUCGAUCCGUGUUCUGAAUCUUGUGAAAACGAAGGGAUUCCCACAAGUGCUAGGUAUGGAUUAAGUUUAGGCAUCGGUGUGCCAGUGACGAUUAUAUGCAUCAUCGGGAUGAUAUACUGCCUGACUUAUAAAGAGACGGAUUAUAGUGAAACUCACCACCAGAGCAUUGACGUUUCCCCUAUUUCCGUGAUCCCACAACCAACCUCCAGGACAGGGUUAGACGGGCCAACAAUCGAGUCAUACCCGAUAUCGAUGCUUGGAGAGAGUUGUAGAUUACCUAAUGAUGAUAGUGCGUGUGCCAUAUGUCUUUCAGAAUACAAAACUAAAGAGUUGCUAAGGACAAUCCCAAAAUGUAAUCACUAUUUUCAUGUGGAUUGUAUAGACGAGUGGCUCAAAUUGAAUGUAACUUGUCCAGUGUGCAGGAAUACGCCUGAAAGCUCGUCAUUGGUUACAUCGUGUUCUUCCACAUCAACGAAUCAUGUUGAGUCAUCAUAGAAACCAAUCAUCGAUUUCAAAUUGUGAUGCUUAUUUAGAAUUUAUAUGUAUAUUUGUUUGUAUAAAUUCAAGAUCAAACAAUUGAAUCGUUUGUAUGCAGAAUAUGCAACACUUUUCAAAGAAUAUUCUA